AUGGCCAACCCCAUCUCGCUGGUGGCCGAGGCGGCGAUACUACCCUACGCCCACUACGGUCCGGUGACGGCGGUCAAGUUCACUGGCGACUACCUCUUAUGUGGCUACGGACCUAUCCUCAAGGUGUUCCAGGGGCUGCUGGGGGUGGAAGUCGCCAGCCACCAGGUUUUCCACCGCAAUAAGAUCCACCAUAUCGGCGUGUCGCCCUCCGAUAACGUGAUUAUUGUCGGUGCUCGAUCCUACGUGGUGUCCACGUUAACUCAGUUGAUGCAACCGAAGCUUACCGUGGCUGAAAAGUUGGCUAAUGAAUGGAUCAUUUGUGGUGAGUUUGUUGGCGAAAACCAAGUAGCAUUACUCAACUCACACAACACGGUGAUGACCAUCAACACCAACACUUAUAAAGUGGAAUCAGUUCGCCAUUGUCUUGAGAAACUGAUCCUUUAUUCCGGGCUGAUUGCCUUUGUUGAAAACAAACCAGUGGUUGCAGCCGGUACGGUGAUGGACGGGGUGAUCGUAUGGGAUUUGGGAAGUGGUGCCAUUAUCCACCGUCUCCAAGACCAUGAAGGUUCGAUAUUUGGGGUUCAGAUUAGUGGAGACGGUACCCAAAUAGUACUGUGCUCCGAUGACCGUCUGGUUAAGCUCUACGACUAUAAACUGGGGACUUUGAAAGCACUGGGGUGGGGCCACGGUCUGAGAAUCUGGGGGCUUCGGUUCUGUCAAGAUUUCAUAGUAUCAGCGGGUGAAGACUGUCUGGUUCGUCUCUGGCAAUAUAGUGAAGGCAAUGACGAGCUUCAGGCUGUGCAUGUGAUGGAACACGUCCAUCUGGGGAAACACAUUUGGGCAGUAGAUGCUGUUGAUCACUCAGCAACAAUUGCUACUGGUGGUGCUGACGGUAAAGUGAGAUUUCACCAUAUUAAUGAAGUGAUGGCUACCGAGUUUAAUACCACUGAGAUCUCGAUGGAAGCGUUAGCUGAAGAUGAUCUGAUUAAAGAGUACGCGUUGGCGGCUCAGGGGAUGGUAGCAGUAACGGUAAAAGGGCACAUGCUUGCUGUCAAGCACUUACAGCUUAUACCCAUUGUUGACAGCGACGACUGGGUGUCGAAACUUAAUAACUUUGCCCUCGUCGAGCUGUUGGAGCCGUUGCUGGUGGCAGUGGUGUGCAGUCGCUCUGGAGAGCUUGCGGUGAUUGACACCGUCGAAAUGGAAGUGGUGAAGACUAUCGACAACUUAUUGAUUCCUGGGGAUAAAGUGGUGAACAUGGUGGCCUAUUCUGAUGGGAACACCCACUUGGUGGUGUUAGUGCUGCCGAACCCGCACCUGGACCUUGUGGUGGUGCAAUUCACGCUGGCUACCAACUAUAAAGUGUAUAAGCUUCAAAAGCCGUCGCUGCCGUUUACGGUGCUGGCAGUGGCUUAUAUCAAUAACCACUUGGUCGUCGGUGGUCGCCAAGUGUCAUUGGCAGUAUACUCGUUGAAUGAAACGGCUCCGAAGGAGGUAUACCGUCGGGUAAGUGCGGGUGACACCAUCACCUCGAUCCUGGCCAUUACCCCUGAAUUAGCGCUUAUCACCGUCAGAGACGGCACCUAUAUGGUGGGUUCAGUAAGUGCUGACGGCCAGUUAUCGAUUAUUCAUCAAAACAAGCUUGCUCGUGGUUUCAUCGAGGGAGGCUACUGGGACCAUGAACUCAACCACCUCAUUCUCUACGGGUUUAAGCUGCUGUACUUUUACAUCUGGGACGAGACCACCCACUGUGAGCUUAUGGCCCAUACCUGUGGCGGUGUCCACCGCAAAUGGAGGGUACGUAAGGAGUCUGGCCGCAAACAAUGGCAGUUUGUCUACACCAAUAAGCUGACGGUGUACCAACGCCAAUUCACUCAGGAGAACCAACCGGGCUUGGUCCACCAAGGUACUCACGGACGUGAGAUCCGCGAUAUCUGCUGGCAAAACGACGUGGUGGUGACGGCGCUGGAAGACGCUACGGUCAAGUUUUCCACUUAUGACUCUCAAACCCACCAAUUGACUGAACAUUGGACGAUGAAUAAUCACGUGCUGGGUCUCCAGCGGUGUAAGUUCAUUGGCAAAGAUCUUGUGGCGUCACUGGCCGCUAAUGAGGAGUUUAUCGUGUGGCAGCUUUCUCGUCAAGGUCCAGUGAUAACGGUGAAAGAAGUAGCCAGAUUACCUCCUAGUGCUGAUAUCCCUGACUUGAGAAUCAUGGACUUUGCCACAGUCGAAUACGGUGAUGGCCAGCUCUUGGUGGCCACCGUAUACUCAGACUCGGCGAUCAAAGUGUGGCGGUUUGACGUCGCCACCACCAAAUUCGACUUGGUGUGUCUGGGAGUGUACACUACCUGUUGCAUAUUACAAGUAGAGUUUAUCCGUUUAGGCGACGCCCACAAGCUCCACUUGAUGAUUGGUGCUACUGACGGGCAUGUCGCUGUAUGGGACAUUAACCACUUACCCAAGGACCUCGGAGCGAUGGUCGUCAAACAACAGAUCCACCAGAACGGGAUCAAAGCGUGGCACUUAAUCCCCCACGGUAGUGGGUACUGGCUCGUCACUGGCGGUGACGAUAAUGCUCUUGCCGUCUCCCGUCUCCAGCUCCAGCAAACACAACUACAAUUAGAGUCGGCGCUGUUCAUUGCCGACGCCGCCUCGCUGACGAUUACGGGGAUCGCUGGUCUUCAGGGCCACGAGGUGGUGGUGACGCUGGUGGACCAGAUCGUGCGGCGCUGGCAGCUCGAUGGCACCGGCCACUUGCGCUGUGCCAGUGCCCGCUACACCACUGUGGCCGACACCGGCUGUUGCUGCAGCGGUGGACUGGGCACGGUGAUGGUCGCCGGGGCCGGGGUGUCGGUGUUCAACUGUAUAUAG